CAUCUUAGUGAUCAAGAACGUUAUUCUGCCCUCACCCAACCCCACUCCCACCCCCAUCAGCUGACUCAGCGGAGCCAGGCACCAGGAGAGGGCCGCUAACUCAGGGCAGCCAAAUGAGGAAAACGCGUCUGCUUCUGGAUGGAACGUGCUGGAAGUUGGACAGGUUCACCCCUUAUUUACCACGCUUACAAAUCAGUUGGAGAAAUCCCAGAUUUGUGGCAAGACAGAGGGUUUGUAAACCAGGAAGAGAAGCGAGGGCUGCCAAGCACGGACCGGCUUCCAGGGGAUCAGCAGAGCUGCAGCUCCACGGACGAGAUGAGGUCAAUCGCUCCUUUCUCCAGGACACACCCAUUCACAAGCAGAAGCAGUGGUUUAAAGAGACCUUUGAUCACCUGUUUGCAAUUGCCAAUUCUGCAGAAGCUGAAGAUGCUGGUGUUCUCCUGGUGUCUGGUUGGCAGAUAUUUCGGAGCAUUCCUACUGAGGAAGUGCCAUUCUGGGCUGAUGUGGUGCUGGGAUUUCGAAAGAUGACUGAGGAUGAGCUGAAGAAAUUCCCCCAACAUGUGUUCGGUCAGGCUUUUACUACACUCAAAUGUGAAGGCCCUGCCUACCUCCCGUGGUUGGAGAAAAGGCUAAAAGGAAGCGGGGGCCUGAUACUCACCCGACGAAUAGAAGACCUGUGGGAGCUUCACCAGUCCUUCGACAUUGUGGUCAACUGUUCAGGCCUUGGAAGCAGGCAGCUUGCAGGAGACCUGAAGAUUUUCCCAGUGAGGGGUCAAGUGCUCAAAGUGCAGGCUCCCUGGGUGAAGCAUUUUAUCCGAGAUGGGAGUGGGCUGACAUACAUUUACCCAGGUAUAUCCAAUGUAACCCUGGGUGGAACUAGGCAAAAAGGAGACUGGAAUCUGUCCCCAGAUGCAGAAAUUAGCAAAGGGAUUCUUUCCCGAUGCUGUGCCCUCGAGCCCUCUCUCCAUGGAGCCUGUGACAUAAGGGAGAAGGUGGGCUUGAGGCCCUCCAGGCCAGGUGUGCGGCUGGAGAAAGAGCUCUUAGCCCAGGGCAGCCGGAGGCUGCCUGUGGUCCAUCACUAUGGCCAUGGUAGUGGGGGUAUAGCCAUGCACUGGGGCACUGCUCUGGAGGCCGCCAGGCUGGUGAGCGAGUGUGCCCAAGCCCUCAGGACCCCUGUUCCCAAAUCAAAGCUGUAGGCAUGAAAUGACAGCAAACGGCCCCAGAAACUAUUAAUCAAAAUAUAAUUUAAGUACCAGAAGAGAUUCAAAUAACUUUUCCAUUGAAUGAAAGUUUAAUUGGACAUGGCUUUGCUUUCAAAAUUAGAAAUGAUGCAAUAUGUAUCAGUAGACUUAAGAUUAGUACUAAUCUAACUUAGUACUAGACUUAAGUCUAGUACUAAUGACAUAGGGCAUAAAGCUCUAUUUUUGUUAAAAAAUACUUGCUAUAAAGUAAGAUUUCUUUUAGAUCUUGUGUCCAAGGAUCUAUGCCAAUUCACAUGGUUGCAGGGAUUUUUUUUGGCUCAUAAAUCCACAGGAGGAGUUAAUGUAUGGAAAACACUUAACUCACUGUCGGUUGCAGAGCUGCCCAUGAUGCUCAUAGGUUGCAGUCAAGUGAACACUAUAAUCCUUUAAAAUUACACAGUGAUAUACAAUUCAGGCUUAUUCCAUUUAGUGGAAGACAAAGCAUGAUUCCUGCUAGUGCUAGUGGCAACCUCUACUUCCUCCCAGCUGGUACUGAUGGUAGAACGUAGGGAUGAUGUUGCCUACAGGUGUGGCGUUAACUCAAUUGCGGUCUCGGGUCAAUCACCUAAGGGGUGUACUUUCCACUACCACAAAUGAUUGAGAGCUGGUUUGUUGGAUGAUUGACUUUGCCUGAGCAUUUUUGAAGAUUGAAUAGUAUGUGCAGCCAAAGGACUAAUUUGCUAAUUAAAAUGGAACAAUCACUCUGAAUAAAAUAUAAACAAAGUUUUCUGCAAGUUGUUAAAAGGUACUGGGGAGGAGUGGAAAUGUAUCUAAUGAUAAAAUGAGUUUGGGAAUUGCUGAAUUAAUAAAUCUAAUCUGGAUUCUUGA